UCCAGUGCUUGAGCACAUCCUGGAGGCGUGCGCCAACAUUUGUGGUCUCAUUCGGUCCGGUUCGGUAGACAGGAGCAAGUGUUCAGAGCUGCUGGUGGUUCAAAUAAAAGUCUUAAAAACAAUGAAAUAAAACACGCUAAGGAGAAUCUUUGGGACAUCAUGGACGAUGAUUUUGACCGCCGCAUGGAGCUGAGGAGGCAGAGGAGAGAGCAGAUGCGCCUUGAGGCUGAAAAGGUGAGUUACGCCAACGACGAUGAGGAAGAGGAAGUGCGUGAGCAAAGGAGACGUGCACGGGAGGAGAGGAGGAAAAUGAAGGACAUGGAGGAGUCUGGAACAGCAGAUGCGAUCAACACAAACAGUGUGAUGGAGUCCGAGUCUCACGCGGCCGGAGCUGGAGGAGCAGACGAUGACCAGGCUCUGCUGGACCGUCUGGCUAAGAGGGAGGAGCGCAGGCAGAAGAGGAUGAAGGAGGCAAUGGAGAGGCAGAAGGAGCUGGACCCCACAUUCAGCUCCACCAACGGCACAGGGGACACACCACAGGAGCAAUCCUCCAUCAGCAGCAGCAACGGGCACCAGGAGACAGAGGAGGAGGAGGAAAAGAAUGAGGAGUGUGUCUGUGAGGCGGCUGCCGGUGCAAACUCCUGGAGGAGAGAGGAGGAUGGAGAUAAGGAGGAGGAGAGGGAAAGCGCCGCAGUGGUCGAGGAGACCAAAGAGAAGAGUGACUCAGCAGAGGAGGAGGCUGAACUGGACCUGGUGGAGGAAACUGGUCCUGAUGAAGAGGAAGAUGAAAGGAAAAUAAGAGAGGAUGAAGAAAGGCUGCAAAAAGAACUAGAAGAGAAGCAACAGAUAGAAGAGGAAGAAAAGAAACAAAGAGACAUGGAGGAAAAACUAAAAAGGGAAGAGGAAGAAAGGCAGAGAAAGGAAGAAGAGGAGAGAAAGAUGAGAGAAGAAGAAGAAGAGAGACAUCAAAGAGAAAAAGAAGAACGGCUGAAACAAGAGGAGGAAGAAAGACGUAAAAAAGAGACAGAGGAAAAAAUGAGAAAAGAAGAGGAAAAGCAGAAAAAAGCCAUGGAAGAGAGGCUGAAAGUGGAAGAGGAGGAAAAAAGGAAAAAGGAGAUGGAGGAAGAGAAGAAGAAAGAAGAGGAAGAAAAACAGAGAAAAGAAAUGGAGGAGAAAAAGAAAAGGGAGGAGGAGAAGCUGAGGAAGAAGGAGCAGGAGGAGAAGAAGAAAGAGGAGGAGAGGCGAAAAAGAGAAAUGGAGGAAAAGAUGAAAGAAGAGAAGAGGAAAAGGGAAAUGGAGGAGGAGAAGAAGAAAGAGGAGGAGAAGAGGCAGAAAAAUGAGAUGGAGAAAAAGAAAAAGGAGGAGGAGGAGAAGCGUAAAAAACAAGAGAUGGAGAAAAAGAAGAAAGUGGAGGAGGAGAAACCGAAACCAUUUGGGUUUAAGGAGAAGAGCGAAGCAUCUAAACAGAACCGAGCUGUCGCCGACAACAAGUUCAAGAAGUUUGAACAACCGUUGAGAGACAGCGCUCCGUCCACCAAGGCUGACGACGCGCAGCGGCGGGAGGCUGAGCGUAAGCUGCAGGAGCUGAAGCAGAGACGGAACAACACGGAGAGCGAAGAGUUGGAGAAGAUGAAGCAGAAGCAGCAGGACGCAGAGGCUGAGCUGGGGGAGCUGAGGAGGAAACGGGAGGAGAGGAGGAAAGUUCUAGAGGAGGAGGAGAUGCAGAAAAAGAGGGAGCAGGAGGAGAAGAAAACCAAGGAGCAGGUGGAGGAGAGAAAGAGGAUGAAGGAGGAGAUAGAGAAGAGAAGAGCGGAAGCUGCAGAGAAGAAGAAACAAAAGGAGGAGGAGCCCACCAAACCUGCUUUCACCAUCAGUCCCAAAGGCUCCUCUAAGAUUGGGGAAAAGGCUGAGUUUUUGAGUAAAUCAGCCCAGAAAAGCGCUGCAGCCAGAGUGUCCCACACUCCAAUUGUGUCCAAGAUUGGCAACAGAAUGGAACAGUACACUUCUGCCAUCCAGGGAAACAAAGAGGUGAAGUCUCCCAAGUCUUCAAUGGCAGAUAUACCUUCAGGAGGGACUCGUAACAUCAAGAGCAUGUGGGAGAAAGGCAACGCCAGCAGCUCCUCUGAAAGCCCCGCUCCUGCUAACAAGGAUGUGGCUGGAGUUAGAGGAAGUGUGGCGGGGCGAGUCAGCAGCUGGAAGGGGAAACCUGCAGAAGCAGAGAAGGCAGCAGCUCCUCCUGCAGCAGAGGCAGCACCACCUCCAGCUGCAAAGCCAGCUGAGGUGAAACCUGUGGACGUGGGGAGUAAACGUGGUAUGUGGGAACCCAAAAGGAGCUCUACGCCAUCCAAGGUGCCAGUUGGUGGCAAAAAGUUUACUUGAUGUCACAAACGGUUAUGAGCCAACCGGCGACUAUCUCCUGCAGCUUUGCUCUUUCAUUACUGCUGCGCUUCGCGUGUGGAUCCCACUGAUGGGGAUGGAGACGACAGUCCCUGCUACUUUUCUCAACUCCUUGGAGAGAUUUGUCAUCGUAGGAAGGACUUAGUUACGAAUUUAACUCGUCGUAUCCAGACAGAAACUCUGUCCCUGCAGGUUUUCCACACACAUUCACAGAAAGCUUGAAAACGAGUGUCUCGGCUGUUUGACCACACCAGAUUUUGAUGUCUCUGAUAUCAGCAAUUAAAGCUAUUUAAUGUUUUUUUUGAUUUUUUUACUUUUUGAAACUUUAUUGUUUGUUUGCACAGAGAAACAUAUGUUACUGUUCUGGAGAUCUAAAGACAAAAAAAUCAACUUAUCCGUGUUUUCUGAAUAUAAAGUCGAAAUGACAGAAUGGUAAAUGGUAAAUGGCCUGUAUUUGAUAUAGCGCCUUCUAGAGUCCUGGAACCCCCCAAGGUGCUUUACAACACAAUCAGUCAUUCACCCAUUCACACACACAUUCUCACCCUGGUGGUGAUGAGCUACAUUGUAGCCACAGCUGCCCUGGGGCUCACCGACAGAGGCAAGUCCGCCGUAUACAGGCACCACCGAUCCCUCUGAACACCACCAGCAGGCAAGGUGGGUUAAGUGUCUUGCCCAAGGACACAACGACAGCGACAGACUGAGCGGGGCUCGAACCUGCAACCUUUUGUUUUACGGGGCGAGCACUUAACCCCUGUCCCGCCGUUGCCCCAAAUCAUUGAAACUUAGACUUGAUGUUAUUUUCCUUAAAACUACGUUGACCCUUCAGCUUUAUUUCCACGCGUCAGUCACCUGACUGCUCAGUGGUAGGUUUGUACAUAUGUCAUUCUGGUUUUUCACUAAAAGUCUAUAAACAACUAAACCAUCAGUCACAAGAGUAAAGGUCAUGCUCUUUUGGUUGGAUUUUAGUUUUUCUUCCUUUAAACAAUCCUUUAAUAAGCACUUUUUUAACACUCUUAGGGUUCAUUGAGUAGUUUCUACCACGUGUGUGAUCAGUUUCAUGAGCUGCUGAAUGUUCAGUCUGGUUCACAUUUAUUUUAAUAAUUUAUAAUUUAGGAGGAUAAUCCGCUUGAGACUGAACAUCCUGUUUUUGAGCAGGUCCUUUGAUGGAUGGAUGUUCAUGCAGGUUGUACAAAUUAAUGCUCAGCAGGCUUUUAUUUUUGAAACAAUCCUAUUUUUUCUGAAACGUGAGCGUGUUGCUUUGGUUUAUGAACAUGCUACAACUGUGACAUGUUUCCAUGAUGCUCGGAUGUGUCUGGUGGUUCUGAAAGCAGCUCAGAUGAAACAUCACACUCUACACCAACAUUGAGCUAAAACACAGAACAGCCUCAUGUUUGCAGGAAACCUUUACCUAUCUGAACAUGGCUGAUUAUUAUCUGCAAACAUGGUGGAUAACUGAGUUUUAAAUGCAUACAAACCAAGAGCAGACAGUCUUGUUCUUCACCAGACUACAGACCGAGGACCAAACUGUGCUGCUUUUCUAAAUUUGGCUUAAAGUUCAACGAAAAAUGUGUAUUUUAAAAACAAUAUAAAUUCCAACAUGUUUUUGGUUUAUUUGAGUAUCUGCUGUAACACCAACUCACUGACUCUCGCUGGAAUUCACAAACAGAAACUGGUUUUAUCCUUGACCAGAAUAAAAAUUCCUCUGAUUUUCUAAAACUUUUAUUCAAGCAUGAUAAAAAAUGUAAUGUCAUCAAUGCACGUUAGUAGAGUUUUGCCAGAAUAUACCGAGUUAUCUUCAAUGCUUUGAGUUGUUUGAUUUUACUGGCUUCAGCAAUAACAAUAAAAACCAUGAAAGAGAA